UGCUAACAAUGAGCCAUUGCGCUACGUAAGCAUCCCUAAAAUCAAUUACUGCCAUUGUUUGGACCGUCGCCACGCUCGCAAAGGCCCAUUGUUAGCAAUGAGUCUUUAAAUUUGUUUACAAUCCGCUGACAUCUGUAUUUCACUUGCAUAUGUAUUUUAUCUUCCUCAACUUCUGUUGGAGAGUUUCACCUGAAGAAGUUCAUUUAGAAUGCAGACCGUUGAGACCGUGCAAAUUGUGCCGCUCUCGGACAAUGAAACUGAGCGGUUGAAGAAGAAUUACCCGACUCCAUUCGUUAAAUUUGGACAGAGGUUCGUAAGAACGGUGCCGGGAAAUUUCCUUUUGCCUGCAGCCUAUGAGAAAUUCAAGGAUCAAAUAAAAAGCUUUGAAGUGCGCACAGAAGAUGUUUAUGUUCUUGGCUUUCCUAAAAAUGGCACAACAUGGUCACAGGAGCUCGUCUGGUGUCUACAGAACAACUGUGACACAGAGAAGGCUAAAGCUUUUUCAGUUUAUGAAAGAAUCCAAGUUUUAGACCUAUCCUUCAUUCUCGACUUUCUACAGAAUGAAAUUGGUGGAGACCUUAAAGCCUCCUUCGAAAGGAUGCAAACCAUGGAUUCACCACGAGUCUUUAAAUCCCAUCUUUCGUUUGACCAUUUACCCUACGACCUACUCGAAAAAAGCAAGGCAGUGAUGUGUUUGAGAAAUCCAAAAGACGCUAUAGUCUCGCUUUUCCACCAUGAAAAGGUACAGAACCUAAAUGAUUACACCGGUGAUUUUUCGACCUUCUUCGAACUGUUCAUGGAUAAUCUAGUGCUUUAUACUCCAUAUUUCGAAUACAUUCAACAGUUAUGGAAGCGAAGAAACCACCCAAACAUGUGCAUUCUGUUUUUUGAAGAAAUGAAAGUUGAUUUGGCUGGCAAUAUUAGAAGGGUGGCAAAGUUUUUAGGGAAAGAAAUCACAGAUGAGCAAGUAAAGAUUCUGGUUGAUCACCUUAGCUUCGAGAAAAUGAAAGAAAAUAAAUCUGUGAAUCAUGAAGUAUACCAAGAUGGGAAAAUCAUGAAGAAAGAAGGGAGCUUCCUUCGGAAAGGAGAAGUAGGUGACUGGAAGAAUUAUUUUACUGACGAAAUGAACAAGCAAAUGGAUGAGGCAAUUGAAAAGUAUCUGAAGCCUGUGGGACUUGAAUUUCGCUAUGAGUAAUGAACAUUAAAUAGAUAGUUUAGAAAAUUUGAUGUAUUUGGCUGGCUUUUGUAGAGAAAGAAUCAAUCCUCGAGUA